ACAUGCAGAAAGGCCUCUGGGGGUUCAGAGAGUGAGCAGAACUUUAGCCAUUGAUUGGCCUGAGAGGAGAAGAUAAAAAGAGCUGGAUUGUUCUGUUAGAUCCAUCAGCAGCAGCUCAGGUCUGAGCUCCAUCAUCCAAAACAUCACAGCUGAGAGUUUAGAUCCCAGAGAGAAGCUGCUGGUCAGAGAGGAGAUGAUGCCGAGAAGGACAAAGAACCAGCGGAUUGCUACCCUGGUGCUGGGCUGGAUGCUGAUGACCUCUCUACCACCUCCCCCCUUACACCAUGUGUCGGCUGUCAACCUGCGGCAGUUCGUUGGAUGUGCAGUUCGAGAAUUCACCUUCCUGGCCAAGAAACCUGGCUGUGGUGGGCUGCACAUCACUACUGAUGCCUGCUGGGGGCGCUGUGAGACCUGGGAGAAGCCCGUCCUGGAGCCUCCUUUCAUAGAGUCCUACCAGCGAGUUUGUACCUACAACCUGAGCCGUCUGGUCACGGUGAAACUACCCAACUGCAGGAACAACAUGGACCCGACCUACACCUACCCUGUGGCCCUGAAAUGCUCCUGUGGCGUCUGUCUGACCAGUACCACUGAAUGCAUAACCUCUGUCUGAAGACUCAUCCAGACAGUCUUUCUUUUUUUUGUUGUUGAUAAAAUGUAUAUUUAGGCAAAUUGUGAGCUCACCAUUUAAUAUCAGGGUCGGACCUCACAGCUGUUUUAUAUUACGGGUUUAUCUGAAUGUCCUUAAGAUAAAAACGUCAAAUUGACAUGAACAUGAAGCUCAGGUUAGGUUCAGACUCCUUCUAUGCAAACAGUGGUGGUUGGCCAAUAGAGGGCACUAGAGUGCCGCCCCACCCACUCAAUGACCUUGAUAAAGACAUGAAAUGUACAUAUAUAUUUUUCAGAUGUGCAAGAAAAAUAUUUAAUCUUUAAUGCCAAUUAAAGCUGUUUCAUUCGUCGUCAGAUUGGUGACGUAUUUCCGCCUUGGGUGCAAAAAUCUCUGUAUCCUGGUUUCCCUGCCUCCUUUUUCAAAGGUCAGGAUCUGAGCCAGCAUGGAUAAAGACAGAUAGGACUGAUUUCAAGUACUUCAAUCUCUAACGUUAAAGUACAAUCUGGGAUUCACAUGGAAAAUAAUAUAAUAUUGUCUACUUUUUUCUACAUGUUUGUUCAUGUGCAUAGUUGCUCUUAAAUAAACACAUUCUCAGAAAAUAGUUUUUAUAUAUCGAAAACAUAUAAAGCUGACUAAUAGCUUCUGUAACCUCCAUCAGUCCUCCAGGUCAAAAUCAGCCUGAAAGGUUCAGUCUAUGUAGGUGAGGUUUUCUAGGAGACGUUUCUCCUCUCAUCCAAGAGGUUCUUCAGUUCUAACUAAUGGGGAGAACUGAGAUUGAUUACUUAAUAUACCUAAAUGCUAACAAUGAUGCUAAUACUCAUAAAUGUCUAAAAGCAGUAACUAAUUAUUAAUUAGGAUUAGAACAGAAGUAAAGUAAACGUGAAGACAGAACAGCAACAUUUAUCUUGUUUAAUAUAGAUUCCAUGAUGUUACAGCAGAUCUUCGCUUUUCGUUUUUAUACUUCUGUUCUGAUAUCCUGGUCAUGAACAUGGAGGGAGGUUUUUUUUUGGACAUUAAAUCCAGAAGAGUGUCCCCAUUACAGACAUGAUCUGAUCCAGCCUGGUGCCUGAGGAUGUUUGGUCCGAUGUUUGAAGGUUUCUGUAAAAACUGGACCUUAUCAGAAGGAGUUAGACCCUGAUAUUACAUUCCUGUUUGGUAUAGUAGAUGUUUUACAUAGUUUUCCUACUCAUGGUUUAUUACUAAAAAGUAUGGAGGCUAAUUCACAUCAGACAUUAUAAUUCCUAACAGAAAGAGCUCUGGUGGUGUCAAUAAGGCUGAAGCCAGCAAUCAUCAUUUUGAAAAAUGUUUUAAAUGGUGUAAUGGUUUGAUGAGGCAGCAGGAUGUGAUUCUGCAGAUCUAUAAAAAGCUUCUUUUAAAUGUUAUCUAGGACCUUUUCUGAAGCGUCAGAGCCCUUAGCCAUUCCUCUGGUCUGAAUAAAAUUAAAUUCUGUUAA